CAAUAAACAAGCCAUAUUCCCAUACAUAUUGCAUUGGUGUACUUAUUCAUUUUACAAGAAACUUAACAUCUUGUAUUGUUCAAUUAUACAAUAACAAUUCGAUAAGAACCGGAAUAUAAAUCUGUUCGUUCUGGUAUCGAGUCUUAUCACAACACAACUAUGGCUGAAUUUCGUAAAUGUUUUGAUACCUUAGACACUGAGAAGCGAGGUGUGAUUACAAUUGAAGAUUUAAGAAAUUAUAUGAGUAAAAUGCAUUAUAAAGAAACUUUCUUGCAAAAAUGGAUCGAAUUAUUUGAUCCUGAGCAUACAGGAUUGAUUACUUAUGAACAAUAUUGUAAGACACUUGGUUUAAUACCACGAAAACGAACAUUUGGUAAAGAUGUGUCAGAUUCAACAUUUUCAUCAUCAUCAUCAUCAUCAUUGUCUGUUUCAUUAAAACAAGAUAAUUUCAAUGAAGUAUCAAUUGGCAGUUGUGACAAAAAUCUGGACAAAGCUAAUAUUACUACAAUCAUUCAAGAGCCAAAAUCAAAUGAACCAAAUCAAACAAUUGAACAAACCAUUGAAACUACAUCUAAUUUAAAACAAACCGCCGUUGAAAUCACUGUAGUAAAACAACAAGAAUUUCCAGAUCAAACAAUCAAUUCCAUUCAUCAAGAUAUAAAUAUUGAUAUAAUCAAUCCAACAGUGGAAAUCGAUUCGAAAAUUCAUUCAAUACAUACUGAAAAAUUAACUGUGAAUCGUAAACGUAAAUAUACAGGUGAAAGUAUUGUGACAGUUGAAGAAAAUAUUAUUUUACCAACGAAAAACGAUCCGAUAUUUCAAAAUAAUUUAAAAUCCAAUGAACAAAAUCAAUCAAUUAAUCAUGAAGUAAUUAUUAGUGAUAGCAAUGAAAACAAUUCUGUGCAAUCAUUUAAACAAAUAAUUGAUUUGGAUGAAGUGACGAAUGAAUUGAAUUUAUCAUCUACAAAUCACGCGGUACAAAGUUUUUCAGAGAAGAAAUCAAAUAAAAAGAAAUCUAAACAGAAACAAAAACAUUCAUCAUCAUCAUCAUCCUCCUCCUCUUCCUCGGAGAAAUCCUCGAAACCGACUGAUGAAAUCAACACUGUGGAUCUUGAUCUGAAUCCUAUGAUAAGCCAUUCAAUAGAUAAUGAAUUAUCUUGCAGUAAUAUCAUUACACCUGUAUCAUCUGAUUGUGAAAUAAAACUAACCGAAGUACCAUAUACUACUAUUACUACAACUACUACAACUACUACUAAUACUACUACAGAUUUCAUUGUGAAUGAAUCUUAUUCAUCAGCAGUACAAUUGAAUGUAAAUGCCAAUGAUAUCGAUCAAUCAAUAAUAAAACAUGAACAUUUCGAAAAACAACAAACAUCAUCUCAUUAUCAUAUGGAAAUUAUAGAACAACAUGAAGAAAAUAUUCAACUGUCAACUUCUUGUCCACUUGUCACUAUUCCAACAGAAAAGAUUGAACAUAAUGAAAAUGAUCAACCAAAUAACUACACAUUAUCCUCUGUUAUUGAUAUUCCUAUUGAGAAAACAACUGAAGUAUUUGCAUAUGAUUCGAUUAGUAUACAUCAACAUCAAGCAGAUGAUGAAGCUUAUAAACCAAAUUUAUUAUCUACUGAAAUCCCAAUUGAAUCAAAUUCAUUUGAGGAAUGUUUAUUAUCAAAACAAACCAAUCAACAAGAUCUAGAAAUAAAUGAUCAAAUUGUACAGGAUAAUCAUGAAAUAAUUUCUAAACAAACAACCACAGAACAAAAACCACAUAAAAAGCCUUCAAAUAAAAACAAACAGAAAAUGUGUUAUAUUCCAGUGGACGAAACUAUCGAUCAACAAACAUUGAACACUGAUCAUAAAAGUUCACCUUCUGUAGAUUUUAUUCAAUCCAAUAUAUUGUCGAAUGAGAGCUUAUUUUCUACUGAAAAUCAGUCAUUAUCAGAAUCGUUAAUUAUUCCACAGAAUAUCCAGUCAACUUCAUAUAAACCACAAGUAAUGAAUGGUACAGUUGAGAAGAAUAUUGAUUUUAAUCAACCAUUAUCAUCUACAGAAUUAGUCCAAGAUGAUAAUGAUGGCGAUGACGAUAAACAAUGGAAAAAAGCUUCGAAAAAGUCUAAAAAGAAGCGUGAAAAGAAAAAUCGAGAAAUCGAUAAAACCAUAGUUGAACAUGACACAGGUAGUGUAGUCACUGACCAAAUGCUACUAACAGAAAGUAUUACAACGUACUUAGAACAUGAUAUUGUACAAAAGGCAAGUGCUUCUGACCACACCAUAAUAUCAUCGGAACCAGUAAAUGAGGAAUAUAUCUGUCCGUCCAUUGUAAAAAAUCAAUCAAAUCAGAUCAAUAUUCAAUUUUCCGAUCCAACAUUUCCUGAAAUAAGCAGUACCGAUUUUCAGUCCCAAGAAGUAUCUGCUAAACAGCAUACAAUAGAGCCAGAACAAGUUUUAAAUGAAUCACAAAUUAUUAUAUCAAGUGAUGAUACACUUAUUACUACUGAAAUAAAUCAUAAAAGUAACAAAGUUCCAGUAGAUAAUUAUUGUGUAACUUCAGAAAGCAUUGUAGAAGUAAAGUCCACGAUUACUACUACCUCGACUAUUACUACUAUGAUUACUAAUAUUAAUAAUGAUAAUGAUAUUAGUAAUAAUGUAACAGUAGAACAAUUAUCUCCAAAACAAGGUGACACAAACGAAGUAACCAUAGAGUUGACACCGCCUAAUUCAGACUUGAACAUUGAACAUGAAGAUGUGCACAAAACCUCAGUCAAACAAUCAAAAAAGAAACACAAAAAAUCAAAAGAAUUAAUUGAAACGAAUUUAAAAGCUACUGAAAGUCAUACAAAUGCCACUGAUGAUAGUGGUGAUUCUACUUCUUUACAAGUAACAUCAAUUCCUCAGAGCACAAUGCCAGUAACUGAUGUAAAUCAAACCGGUGACUUUCCUUUAUCGAUUGAUGUGAAAAUCAAAGAAGAAAUCUCACAUCUAGUUGUAUCAUCAGUUCCGAGCGAUUUAACUAGUCCGCUUUCUGAUGGUUGCAAUAAAAAGAAAUCAAGGAAUAGAAAAUCGAAGAAAGUGACAGUUCAAUCGAAUGUUACAGAUGAUUCUUUCAUGUCUACACCUAUCAUAACACCUUCUACUACUACUACUACUACUACUACUUCUUUGAUACCGAUUCGUCAAGUACACGGUACUGUACAUAGUUGUAGUUCAAAAUUUAAUGAUAAUAACGAUAUUUUCACAUCGUUGUCAAUUCCAUUUUGUAAAACAAUUUGUAAAGUUUCUCAUACAGAAUUACACAAUUCAAAUAAAUCUUUAUCAAAAAUAAAAUCAAAAAAACUUCAAUUAAAAAAUAAAUUAAAGUUAAAAAAUAGCAAAACAAACAUUUUGAAUCAAACAGACAAUUUGUUAAAUAAUGGCCAAUCUGUAAUCAAUGAAACAACAAUGGAACAAUCAUCACAAACGAUUGUUACUGCAAAAGAAUCACAAGAAAAUACUAGAAAACGACGUUUUCCUAAGUCUUUCAUAACACAAGUAGAUCCAAAGUAUAUUCGUUCUGCUCGUCUCGCUGAAAAACGACGAAAAACUGAUUCAACUAAAGAAACGAAAGAGACAUCAUCCACAACGGAUAAGGAAAAGACAUCACCUAAACGGAACACUAAACAAAUGCUGAACAAAUGGCGUGUAAGACCAAGUUUACGCGAAAAUGGUGUCAUUGUUAUUUUGUUAGCUGGACGACAUCGUGGUAAACGUGUAGUUAGUUUAGGUAGACAAAAAUCAACUGGUCUACUACUUGUCACUGGACCAUAUCGUUAUAAUGGUUGUCCAUUACGUCGUGUACAUCCAGAUUAUGUGAUUGCUACAAAGACAAAAAUUGAUUUGAGCAAUUUAUCACUUCCUAAACGAAUUCAUACUAAAGAAUAUUUCACUAGAACUACAACAACAUGUAAAAAAUUCAAUAAAACUCAUUAUCAAAAUCGUUUUGAAGAUAUUCUUGAAACGGGUGUCCAUAAUAAACAAUCAAUUUAUACACCGAAUGAUGAAAAGAAAUCCGAUCAAAUUUAUAUUGAUAAUGAAGUGAGAAAAGCAAUUAAAUUACAUACUGAUUCAAAAAUGUUAAUUGCCUAUUUGAAAUCAUUAUUCUCAAUUGGUAAACAUGAUAGACCGCAUGAAAUGUUAUUCUAGGAAAAAAUUUUUGCCCAUAACACCAAACCAAUCAAUCAAUCAUGUACACCAACAGACACCAACACACACACACGCACGCACGUAAACAACACAUGCCUAUAUACAUACACACAUAUUUACAUCAGAGAAACACAAUUCCACAUACAAAUUAUACAAUCCAUGAACAAUACAAACUGACCUGAUGAAAUUAGAAAAACGAACAUUCAAAUGCAAUGAAUCAUUUCAAUAAAUAUCUCAAAUAUUAUGCAUCUCUUCUUCCAAAUCCAGUGAGUGCAUUUCUUCAUGUGUUGUUGUUCAUCUGCUUACAUCAUAAUUCAAGACAGAGAGUGAUUGUUCAAUGUGCAAAACAACAACGUCAAAUUCUUAGGUUGUUUAUCUUCAUUUUGAAUUUAUUCCUUGUUGUAAACUUGUGUUUUUGUCUUAUUUGUCUUCCUUCAUUUGUGUUGAUUUCAAUGUGCCCAAUUUGCUUUGUUUUUCUAAGAUAAAAUAAAAAUUCUAUUCUGGAUUCAAA